GUUUGUUGUUAUUGCUUUUCUUGGUGGGGCCUUAUUGUGUUUGUUGUGUCGUCCCCUCUCUUAUGAGGCUGUUGUAAAAUGAAAUUCGCCAACGCUAUCUAGUGCAUAAUUGACGUUAUGAUUAAAAAGCGGAGUACGCGCGUACCUUUUAAUUUAAACAAUUGUUUUUUCUGCCCAUGCAAAUUUUUAAUCUUAAAAAUUUCAAGAGGGGAAAGAAAUUAAAAUAAAAUUGCCGUCGUUAAGUGAAUAAUGUGGAAAAUUAACCAUAAAGUGUUUAUCUGCUGCAUGUCUGAAUAUAAAAGGGAAAUUUUAUGAAUCAUUUAACACCAAAUAAUAAUUAAUACUAAAAAAAUUAUAAAAAUAAUUAAAAAAAGUUAUAAAACAAAAAUUUAAAUUAACAAAAAUAUUAAGAUAGUGUUUUGAAAAUACUAAACCACUUGAAAAAUGCUGAUAACAUGGAAAAGUUGAAUUAAGGAAUAGGAGAUGGUGUAAUUAAAAAUUAAAUUGAUUUACAAAUUGCUGACUAAAUAUUUAUAAAAAAAUAGUUUAAUUUAAAAAAUAAAGCAAAGUAAGGCGCAAAAGGUUAAAAAUUUUCAAAUAUAAAACAAAAGUGUAGAAAACUAGUUUUAAUAUGUUAAGUUGAUGAAAAAAAGCCAAGACAAAAUACUUUAUUCCAAUUCUGUUAACAACAAUAUGACGAUAGAAUAAUACCAAACACCAAUCUCUCUUCGAACACCUGCCUUUGGGAAAAAGGUCUUCGAAACAAGCUGUCACAUAUUGAUAUUCAACUUAGCAGUAUUACAUAUUAUAAGUAUUAUGUAUGUAAGCUGGUCAAAAUCAAAUUCGGAUCAACUAACAACGCGAGAUCAAUUGUUGCUGCAGCAAGAUCUGAGAGCAUCCAAUUCUUCCGCCAGCAAUCAUCAAUACCAUCAGGCACUGAGUCAGAAAUAUUCCCUGAGUUCCUCAUUGGAUCAACAACAGGAUUUUCCCCUGCAUACAGCCAAAAUGUAUCACUCCAGUGCUGGUUAUCCUGAUCUCAGCGGCACAACAGCCGGCAGUGGUGUUAGUUCUUAUCAUCAACAGGCCGCUGCAGCUGCCGCCACCGUCAGUGCUCCUGUGUAUGUGCCCUCAAAUCGUGCACUGACCAAUUCACAAUUUCAACAUGUCGCCGCUCAUUUUGGCACUGCAGCAGCCCAAAAUGCUUGGACCUCAGAUAGUUUUGGCACAGCGCAUGCUCAACUGCCACCACAAUUCUAUACCCAAAAUGCCGUUAUGAUGGGUUCAUGGCGUGCCGCAUAUGAUCCCACCGGUUUUCAACGAUCCUCUCCCUAUGAUAGUGCCAUUGAUUUUCAAUUUGGCGAAGGAAGGGAAUGCGUCAAUUGUGGCGCCAUAAGCACACCUCUAUGGCGAAGAGAUGGUACGGGUCAUUAUCUGUGUAACGCUUGCGGAUUGUAUCACAAAAUGAACGGUAUGAAUCGACCGUUGAUCAAGCCAAGCAAGCGAUUGGUGAGUGCAACCGCCACUCGUCGCUUGGGUUUAUGCUGCACAAAUUGUGGCACACGCACAACCACCCUAUGGAGACGCAAUAAUGAAGGCGAGCCGGUGUGCAAUGCUUGUGGGCUGUACUUCAAAUUGCAUGGCGUCAAUCGGCCUUUGGCCAUGCGUAAAGACGGCAUUCAGACUAGAAAGCGAAAACCAAAGAAAACGGGAAAUUCCAAUGAAAAUGGCAAGGAGAUUAAAGAAGAUGAUCUCAAACCCUCCAUGGGCAUGGAACGUCACAGUCUGCCGGGUUCCCUGACCUCCAAAUUACAAAAUGACUUGGCUGUUAAAAGUGCUGGCUCCAGUUCGGCCUUGCAUAAUCUCAGCCUAGGUUCGGCAGCCUCUAGUGCCGCCCUACACAGCACCCUAAGCCAUCAUAUGCAUUUCCCAGCCUCUUCAGCGCAACAAAGUAGACUUACCAAUAACAGUGGAGUAUCUCAUACCUCCUCCUCAUCGGCUUCGGGUAACUCCUCAACGGUGGGCUCUCUAACCAACACCUCCUCUUCCUCCGUCGCCUCUGGCAAUUUGAAUUCCAGCCACAACAAUAGCCUGUACUCGCCCUCAGCAUUGGCGGCCCAAGCGAAUUUAAAUCAUAGCCAAUUGUCCAGUUCAGCCUUUGGUAGUCAAAAAUACGAACAUUUACUAAGCGGCAGUAAUUCCCUGUCCAAUGGCCUAAGUUCGUCUUCGACUCCCACCUCGAAUUAUCAUGCCCACCAUCUACAUCAUCACCAUCAUCAUGCAGCUGCAGCAGCAGCUCAUCAUGCAGCCUCAGCAGCCCAUCAUCAUCACCAUCAUCAUUCGCCAUCUUCGCUAUCACAUCAGGUGGGCACUUCGGCAAGCAGCGGUGGCAGUCUGGGAGGUUAUAGUGUAAAAUCGGAGACUAAUGCCACCAACUAUGAUUAUGUCAAUAAUUGCUAUUUUGGUUCUUCAUUUGGAGCUUUGAGUGGUUCGCCGGCUACCUCGGCGGGUAUGCAUGGUGCCACAGCCUCUGAUAUGGCGGGGGUAUAUCAUCAUCAACACAAUGUCAUACAGGCGGCCAAACUAAUGGCCACAUCGUAAAAAAUAUGGUUGGGAGACAGACAGUAUUAUGAGAAAAAAAGACCCUACACGAAAAUUUAAAAAUGGAGCCUUUUAGAGUUGAAAUUUCUUUGAUCAGCAACAGUUUAAGAUAACAUCAGAUUUUGUUACCGUUUAAAAUAUUUUUAAAGAUUUUUGUUUUAAAAUUUUGGUCAUACGUUACGUUUCCACUAAUCAAGCUUUAUUUGGGCAAAUAAGUGAAAACUUUAUACCGCAUUAGAUUAUAUUACUUUGUGAAAUAUUUUUAAAGAAUUUUGUGCAAAAUUUGUGCUAUACCUUACGUUACGUUUGCAUUAAUGAUGCUUGAAUUAAUUCACUCCAUCUCCUUGUAUCAUAAUUAUCUAAUCAAACACAAGUAAAUCACACCAAUUCUGUAACCACUUGAAAAGUUUUUCAGAAUUUUGUGCAAAAUUUAUGUUACAACAGACAGGCUACCUCCAGGAAUCUUCGCCCUAAUAUGUGUUUCUAUUAACUUCUCAAGUGUCUUCAGCAUAAAGGAUAAUAGACUAAUAGGAUGAAAAUCUCUCGACUUCGCGUGGCGAGGUUUUCCUGCUUUCGGAAUGAAAAUGACCUUCGUGUCCCUGAGUAUAUAUCCCUAAGCCAAGGAACCAGUCUAUCAGACACAGCUUGCAAUUCAACCGGUGAUACAUCAUCAGGAUCUGGCGUCUUAAAGGUGUCGAAACUUCUUAUCGCCCAAAGGAUUUUCAGCUCAGACACAAUUUCCCUUAUAACUUUCGACGAAUGCAUGCCAGUGACAAACCAUUCUGGGAAAUGUGUAUCAACGAGUAAAAAUUGCAAAUUUUGCCCAUGAACAUUCCACUAAGGAACAGGGGCAAACUGUUCACAUAUCAAUGAGUGCAGUCCGAUUCAAGUUUAAGCUCAAUGAUAAGGGGCCUCCUUUUUAUAACCAAGACCGAACGGCGUGCCGCUGUGCGACACCUCUUUAGAGAGAAGUUUUACAUGGCAUAGUACCUCACAAAUGUUGCCAGCAUUAGGAGGGGAAAACCACCGCUGAACAUUUUUUCUGAUGGUCUCGCCUGGAUUCAAACCCACACGUUCAGCGUCAUAGGCGGACAUGCUAACCUCUGCGCUACGGUGGUCGAGUAGUUCUAAUGUUUUCUCACUAGACAUUGUCUCUGACUUCUGAAUAUACCCCACCAUAAUGGGCCUAGAGGACAGAAUCUUCCUUAGCCUAGAGGCCUCAGAUGUAUUCUCCUCGGAGCUGCAGAAUUUCACCCAGGAUUUGAUCUGAGCCUUUCUAAGCUCGCCCUUAUAUUUUCUUAGCUCAGCCUUAUAGAUAUCGAUAUCACCGCAAUUCAAGUAGUCUCCCUCUACGGGCAAAGUACAAAACCUGAUUUUGCUUGCUGAGAGAACACACAUUUGAGAGUUUGUGCAACAAGAGAGCAAAAAAGAGCACAAAAAUUUAAAAGUAGGGAAAAAUAAGAAAAUGAUUUUG